AUGCCCGGUUACUCAACGACGUGUGCGGGUCUUCCCGAAGAUGGUCCCGCUCUUAUCAUUUAUUACCAAGGCGCUAUUCCCAUCGAUAUGUAUUAUUUGGUGGCCCGUGUAUAUUUGAAGCGAUCUCGGUUGGUGCAUACGGUUGGAGAUCGCUUUCUAGAGAAAUUGCCCGGUUGGCCUUUCCUCGCGCGCGUUAUGAAAAUAGGCCCUGGGACUGUGCAAUCGUGUGCCACCGUUCUGAAGGAGGGUAACAUGUUGUCUUUUUCACCAGGAGGGGUCUCUGAAGCCCAGUUUGGGGAUAGCAAUUAUGAACUGCUGUGGAGGCAUCGUGUUGAUUUUGCGAAAGUGGCUAUCGAAUCCAAAGCACCAAUAAUUCCGAUGUUUACGGAGAACCUUCGGGAAGGCUUCCGCUCAAUUGGAUUCGCAAAUCGAUUGUUCAUUCGUCUGUGUAAUGUGGUGCGUAUACCGGUAUGGCCAGUUUAUGGGGGAUUCCCAGUGAAAUUCAGAACCCAUCUUGGAAAACCUAUUCCAUAUGAUCCGAGUUUGACACCUGAAGAGUUGCAAGAAAAGGUUGCGUAUGCUGUCGAGGAAUUGAUCAACAAAAACCAACGGAUACCUGGCAGUAUACUGCACGGACUGAUGGACCGUUUUAUAGGAAAGAAGAAGAAUGAGUGCUCGGAGCCUAGUGUUUCAUAUCUACGUAAGAAGGAGGAGCGAUUUGACAAAAUAAUUGUAACCGUACUUAGAAGUUAUUUUAAGCUGUGUAAAUGGUGUAAUGUUACUGAUGUGAUUAUUUGUUCCAAACAAGUGAAGUAA